AUUUGACUUUAUUGUACAUUUAACAGAAGAGAAAGACAUGGACUUAGGCUAUGUCACAAUAAGUAGGCUACAUGAAACAAAAAAGGAUUGACAAACAUAUAAACAGUUUGACUUGGUUACCAUGGAAACAGGGGGAAAUGAAAUCAUGAUGAGAUAUAUUCACCCAUUCAUCCCCGUGUGCAGUGAGGCCAUGAAUGGGUGGUUAUCCCCCCCACCCCCCGGCUCCUGUUCCGCGGUUCACCUCCUCAGAAGCACCCGGCCUGUCGCAUCCUUUCCCUGGCAACGGGAGGAGGAGGCUGCCCGGGAUGAGGGAGGUCCCGCUGUCCCACGUGCCCUCCUCACCGCAGACACAUCUCUCUCCACUUCCCCGUGCCAUCGUUUCCGCAAACCGCAGAUUGACAUAUACAUCCUCACCCAUUUACACCCAAACUCUCCCACGGAGCGAUGCAUCCGAAGCGCGCACUCUCCCUUCCCCUCCAUAUUUCUGCACUGAUCAAUAAUUUCCGCCAUAGGUCCGGGUUAUGAUUCGCGUUUGAUCCUUCUGAUAUGCUCACCAAAGUCUCGGUGUCUGCCUGAGAAAGGGAGAGAGAGAAACACAGAGAGGGGGAGAGAUGAGAGGACCCGCAUCAUCAGAUGUUUAGCAGAUCCUAUCUCGCUCUUCGCCGUCAUUCCUGCUGUGCGGUUCUUGGUCUUUUUCCUCCCUACCGUCGGCCGAGUUCGUGACAUUGUUGCGGCUCUCGAUGUUGUAAUCCGGGGGAAUAUGUGAAGAUCAUGCUGGCGGUGUGGUGCUUCAUGGUCUUUGCUGCAGUGGGCGAGAGGCUUACGGUAUCAGGUGUGGACAGGAGCCCAGUGCAGGAUGGAGGCAUCUGGGACUGGUUCACCCCGGCAGGGCAGGCGGACAGCGGGGACACUGCCAUCGAGGUCACCUAUCCAAAGCGGCUGGUCCAAAAGAUCGAGUCGGAGGGGGAAAUGGCUCGUGACUACUUGGAUACCAGGGUGAAGAACAGCACUGAGAACAAUUUGCCUGUCCACUUGGCCCAGAGCUAUUUUCAAGUGGAAGCGUUUGGACACACCUUCACUCUGGACCUGGAACUAAACCAUCACCUCCUGUCUUCAGAAUAUGUGGAGCGGCACUUUAACCAUGAUGGCAGACCCUCACAGUCGAUGGGAGGAGAGCACUGCUACUACCAGGGAAGGUUACGAGGUUUACCCGAGUCCUGGGCAGCGCUCUCCACCUGCCACGGCCUGUGCGGCAUGUUCUCUGAUGGCUUCUUCUCUUACGGUAUUGAGCCUGUUCAAAAUGGAAGCAAUCAGGAGGAUGGUGCUCACUUAAUCCGCAGGAUGCCUGAUAUCAGACUUUCCCCUCACUGCACAGACUGUACAGAGGACAGUGAGUGGGAUAGCAGAGGAGGUGAUGGUGAUCACGACAGACCGGACCAAACCACAGAAGAGCAGGUGUUAGGGGGGCUGAGGCGAUCCAAGAGAUCUGUCCGCAAACCCUCUGUCCAGACUGAGACCAAAUAUAUUGAGUUGAUGGUGGUCAACGACAACGAAAUGUUUGUACAGCUGCGUCGCUCCAGCAGCCAAACCAAGAACUUUGCCAAAGCAGUGGUCAACAUGGCAGAUGCGAUCUACAAGGAACAGUUGAACACGCGGAUCGUGCUGGUUGCCAUGGAGACCUGGACCUCUAAAAAUAUGAUGCCAGUAAUGGAAGAUCCUUUGAUAACGCUGCAGAACUUCAUGAGAUACAGGAAGGACAACAUCAAAGAUCAAAGUGACCUCGCCCAACUUUUCUCAGGGCGUACAUUUCACAGUAGCCGCAGUGGGACGGCCUACACCGGGGGGGUGUGCUCUCUAACAAGAGGAGGGGGCAUCAACGAGUAUGGGAAUGUAGGAGCGAUGGCCAUCACUUUGUGCCAGAGUCUCGGCCAGAACAUCGGCAUGAGGUGGAACAACAUGCGCAACUCUGCAGGAGACUGCAGAUGUCCAGACGCCUGGCUGGGCUGCAUCAUGGAGGACACGGGAUACUAUCUUCCCAGAAAGUUCUCUCGCUGCAGUGUUGAUGAGUACAGCCAGUUCCUGCUCCAGGGGGGCGGGAGCUGCCUCUUCAACAAGCCAAACAAGCUGUUGGACCCUCCAGAGUGUGGGAAUGGCUUCGUGGAGCCGGGGGAAGAGUGUGAUUGUGGAUCCCAGGUGGAGUGCGCCCGUAGUGGAGGAGCCUGUUGUAAAAAGUGCACACUUACCCACGAUGCCAUGUGCAGUAACGGACUCUGCUGCAGCGGCUGCAAGUAUGAGCAGAGAGGCGUGGUGUGUCGAGAGGGUGUGAACGACUGUGAUAUCCCAGAGACCUGCACCGGAGACUCCAGCCAGUGUCCUCACAAUGUGCACAAGCUGGACGGCUACAUAUGUGAUACGAGUCAGGGCCGCUGUUACGGAGGACGAUGCAGGACUCGUGAUGGACAGUGUAGGGGCCUCUGGGGUUAUAAUUCAGCAGACAGGUUUUGUUAUGAGAAGCUGAACGCUGAGGGGACAGAGAAAGGAAACUGUGGUCCGGGACCUGAGGGCCAGGGCUGGCUGCAGUGCAACAAGCCGGAUGUUUUAUGCGGCUUCCUGUUCUGUGCCAACGUCACCAUGAAGCCAAAGUUCGGAGACCUGCAGGGGGAGGUGACCAGCUUCACCCUCUACCACCAGAACAAGUACUUGGACUGCAGAGCAGGCCAUGCUCUGCUGGAGGACGGCUCCGACCUGGGUUAUGUGGAGGACGGCGCCCCCUGCGGGCCCAACAUGAUGUGUCUGGAGCGACGCUGCCUUCCUGUGGCCGCGUUCAACCUCAGCACCUGCUCGGGAUCUACCUUUGGGCGCAUCUGCUCCGACCACGGGACCUGCAGUAAUGAAGUGAAGUGUAUCUGUGACAGGGACUACACAGGCAAGGACUGCAGUGUGUUCGACCCCAUCCCAGAGCCAACCGUCCCAACAGGCCCAGAGAAGAAAGGAACAUCCGGAGAGGAAGAUCUGGCGGUGGAUAAGAUGUGUCUGUCUCUCUGUCUGUCUGUCCUGUCUACUCCUGUCUUCCUCCUCGCACUGUGUCCUUUCCACAUCAGAGAAGAGGGAAACAAAAAAAAAGUCUUCCACAUCUUAAAUUUCUCCAAACCUCUAUUGAUUACCGUCUCCUCCUAUCGUCCGUCCUCCAUCCGGGCCCCGCGGAGCUCCAUUCACCAAACCAGCCAAUUCAGAAUUGUUGUGGCUGCUUCCAUCGUCGCCACCGAGGACUGUGUGUGGUCCCGAGCAGGGGGUCCGUCCCCUGAGACACACCGGGGUCUUCCUCCAGUCUGGUGGCCCUUACGGCCCGUCCACACAGCUAGAGCUUGUACUGGCAUAUGAUUCGAUUGGCUGACGCUUCCGCCGA